AUGUCUCAAUAUUCAGAAGAAGGUGCAGCUGACCAAGGCCAGACCUGUGAAGAGACCCAGAAACUACAGGUUGCAGCAGCCUCUGUCGAUGUUGAGAAGCCAUGUUCCUCAUCUCAUAUUCUGGCUAGUAGUCUGAAGGGCCAGACCAGUGAGGAGACCCAGGUCUCUAAGGAUGUGGAGGAACCAUGUUCCUCUUCUCAACUUCUUAUGGCUAGCAACCAGGAAGAUCCUGCAGAUGAGACACCCAGCACUUCUUGGGGUCUUCGGCAUCCCUCUGCUUCUUUAAGCCAGUCUGCUGAGGGUAAUGGUAACCAAGAAGUACAGGGUAAUCUAGUCAUUCCACCAGAUCAGUCAAGUAGCACAGAUUUACCUGUGAUGACCGUCGAUGGGAAAGUUGAUUUCUUGGUGAAUUACAUGCUGUACAAGUAUCAGAUGAAAGAGAAGAUGAGUAUGGAUGAUAUAAUCAGACUCAUUGUCAGAGAAGAUGAAUAUCGUUUUCACGAAAUCCUCAUGAGAGCUUCUCAGCGCAUGGAGAUGGUCUUUGGGCUGGAUGUGAUAGAAGUAGAUCCUGUCAACCACUACUAUGAUCUCUUUAUCAAAUUAGGUCUCACCUAUGAUGGGAUGCGCAAUGAUGAGUAUAGCUUUCCUAAGACUGGGCUCCUGAUACUCAUCCUGGGUGUAGUCUUCAUGAAGGGCAAUCGUGCCACUGAAGAGGAGAUUUGGGAAGUAUUGAAUCCAAUGGGAAUCUAUGCUGGGAUGAAUCAUUUCUUCUUUGGUGACCCUAGAGAGCUGAUAACUGAUGAGUUUGUGAGGGAGCAAUACCUGGCAUACCAGCCAAUAGCCAAUAGUGAUCCCAUGCAAUAUGAAUAUGUGUGGGGACAACGGGCUAAAGCUGAAACUAGUAAGAUGAAAGUGUUAGAGUUUGUGGCCAAGGUUCAUGGGUCACACCCUAUUGCAUUCCCUUCUCAAUAUGAAGAGGCACUGAUAGAAGAAGAAGAAAGAACACUUACCAUGAUAUUAGAGCAAGCUGGCCCGAGUCCUACUUCUGGUGAAAGUUCUAGUGAUACAAGCAGCAACUUCUCUAACAUGUAG